AUGGUUUCUGGCAAAUUCAAUGGUGACAACUAUGCUGAUCUUGCAGUUGCUAACUUUGACAGUGACACAGUGAGUAUUCUUCUUGGAACAGUUAAUGGAACUUUUGAAAAUGCAACAAACUAUGCUGUUGGAGAUGCUCCAGCGUCAAUCGCUGCUGGCUACUUCAACGGUGACUCUUACAUCGAUCUUAUUGUUGCCAACUUCAACAAUCAUACUAUGAGCGUCCUUUUGGGAAAGGGUAAUGGGAGUUUUGCAACAGCAAAUACAUUUCUGGCAGGUGUUCCUCAACCACGCUCAAUUGCUGUUGCUGAUAUGAAUAUAGAUGGUAUACCUGAUGUUGUAGUCGGCUAUGUCAACUAUGGAAGUAGUAAAGUUGGUGUACUCAUUGAAGAAUAUUAUUUAGAACAUCAUUAA